AUGGAAAAGGAUUCACAAGUCCUUGACCCUAUAAAGGCGAUCCCACUUCGCCACAUACCACCUCAAAGAGACCUCUUGGACGAACAAGAGAUGUCAAGCCCUCAAGCACCACCACCUUCUUGGGAUAGUCCUCCAAGACUAUCUCCCUUGAAGUCCAAGAAGAACUUCUUCCCUACCUUGAAGCAGCCGACCUGGAGACGUCUAGCCAAGCCGCAUCUUACAGAGAAGAACACCUUCUAG